AUGGCUGUCGAGGGGGAGGCAAGUGUGACAAGUGAGGCAGUAAAUGGACUGUUCGGAUUAGUGAGAGGGGAGUUGGCAGCAUUGAGGGGGGAGCUGGUAGUGGUCCGGGAGGAGGUGGCUCGACAGAAGGAGCGAGUGUUGAUGCUGGAUGAGAGAAACCGGGAUUUGGAAAAUGAGUUGAGGCGUGCACUGGGUGUUGUGGAAGAGAGGAGUGUGGCGACUGCUGCUGUGGUGGAGAAGGGGAGAGAGGUGGCAGCAGUGAACGGGGAACUGAUUCGCAUCAAUGCAGAGUUGGCAGUAGUGAAUGGGAAUCUGACUGCAGUGAGGGGGAAUGUGACUGCAAUGAAAGGGAAGGUGAAUGCACUGAAGUGGGAGGUAAAUGCAGUGAAGGGGGAGGUGAGUGCAAUGAAGGGGGAGGUAAAUGCAGUGAAGGGGAAGGUGAGUGGAGUGAAGGGGGAGGUCAAUGCAAUGAGGGGGGGUGUGAAUGCAGUGAAGGGGGAGGUGAAUGCAGUGAAGCGGGGGGUGAGUGCAGUGACGCGGGAGGUGAAUGCAGUAAAGGGGGAGUUGAAUGCGGUGAAGGGGGGGGUAAAUGCAGCGAGGGGGGAGGUGAGUGCAGUGAAGGGGGAGUUGGCUGAGCACAAGCAAUCAACUGCAUUGCAGCUGGAGGAGGCUGAGAGGAGACGAGUGGCGGAGAUGAGAGGGCAGAUGGAGGAAUGGGAGAGGAAGCUGGCAGCAGUGAAGGGGGAGUUGGCUACAGUGAAGAAGGAUUCUCCCAAGAAGUUGGAUGGUUUUUAG